UUACUUUAGGAAAAGAGCCAGUAAAGCAGCGUCACUUCUCUCUUCGUCUCUUUCACUUCAUCUCAUGAGACUCACAUGAUUUCUGCCUGCAGACAAAAAGAGAAGGUCCAGUUCUGCAGAACCAGCGACUCUCUCAACAUACAUACAGCAUAGCGAAGACCAGCAGCGUCUGUCAGAGUCUGUGGAUGAAGGAAGAACCACUCUUUGACCUCAUCUGGACUUUAACAGUGUUUCCUAUAGAUGGAGGUAGAAAGUCUCUGGUGGGCUCUGCUAUGAAUCAGUGUGAGGAGACAGAGGAGGGAGUCCCUCCCUCUAAAACCACUCUGUGUGGGGAACAUGACAGCCAGACCAAAGCUCAGAGCACAGAGCAGCGGAGACCAGGACCUGGACCUGGACCUGGACCUGGACCUGGACCUGGAUCUGGGCCUGGAACUGGACCUGGGCCUGGACCUGGAUUCAGCUGUGUGUCCAUCAAGACUGACACAUCCAUGAAACAACCAUUAGAGUUUAAAGAAAAGUCUUCAGAGACUCAAGUUCAGCAGCAGAGAUCAGACUCUCCUGCACCCAGCGGAGUGUCCAUGAAGAGUGACCGGUCCAUGAGUUGGCCGGUUAACUUUAAGGAUGGAGACCACUCUGCUGAAGAAAGAGUUCAGCAACAAAAAGGUUCUGCGGUUCCUGAAUAUCAGUCUGUCAAACAGCAUCCAACAGACCUGGACUCCAUAUUUAAGCAUCUUGAGGAGAACCUUGUCACCUUUGUGAAGAACGAGUGUAAGAAAUUCCAGAAGCUUCUGAGUCCAGAUCACCCAGAAUACUCAGAGAGGCAGAGGAGUGAGGAUGAGGAGGUGUUGGACAGUGAGGAGGAGGAGCAGAGGAGGAGCAGCAGAGAGGCAUUUCUGAAGAUCACACUGAACUUCCUGAGGAGGAUGAAGCAGGAGGAGCUGGCUGACUGUCUGCAGAGCAAAACUGUUGCUGCACUUUGUCGUCGUCAACUCAAAUCUAACCUUCAGAAGAGGUUCCAGUGUGUGUUUGAGGGGAUCGCUAAAGCAGGAAACCCAACUCUUCUGAAUCAGAUCUACACAGAGCUCUACAUCACAGAGGGAGGGACUGCAGAGGUCAAUGAUGAACAUGAGGUCAGACAGAUUGAAACAGCAUCCAGGAAACCACACAGACCAGAAGCAACAAUCAGACAAGAAAAUGUUUUUAAAUCCUCACCUGGAAGAGACGAACCAAUCAAAAGAGUGAUGACAAAGGGAGUGGCUGGCAUCGGGAAAACAGUCUUCACACAGAAGUUCACUCUGGACUGGGCUGAAGACAAAGCGAACCAGGACAUACAGUUCACAUUUCCAUUCACUUUCAGAGAGCUGAAUGUGCUGAAAGAGAAAAAGUUCAGCUUGGUGGAACUUGUUCAUCACUUCUUCACUGAAACCAAAGAAAUCUGCAGCUUCGAAGAGUUCCAGGUUGUGUUCAUCUUUGACGGUCUGGAUGAGUGUCGACUUCCUCUGGACUUCCACAACACUGAGAUCCUGACUGAUGUUAGAGAGUCCACCUCAGUGGAUGUGCUGCUGACAAACCUCAUCAGGGGGAAACUGCUUCCCUCUGCUUGCCUCUGGAUAACCACACGACCUGCAGCAGCCAAUCAGAUCCCUCCUGAGUGUGUUGACAUGGUGACAGAGGUCAGAGGGUUCACUGACCCACAGAAGGAGGAGUACUUCAGGAAGAGAUUCAGAGAUGAGGAGCAGGCCAGCAGAAUCAUCUCCCACAUCAAGACAUCACGAAGCCUCCACAUCAUGUGCCACAUCCCAGUCUUCUGCUGGAUCACUGCUACAGUUCUGGAGGAUGUGUUGAAGACCAGAGAGGGAGGAGAGCUGCCCAAGACCCUGACUGAGAUGUACAUCCACUUCCUGUUAGUUCAGUCCAAAGUGAAGAAUGUCAAGUAUGAUGGAGGAGCUGAGACAGAUCCACACUGGAAUAAAAUGAGUAGGAAGAUGAUUAAGUCUUUGGGAAAGCUGGCUUUUGAGCAGCUGCAGGAAGGCAACCUGAUCUUCUAUGAAUCAGACCUGACAGAGUGUGGCAUCGAUAUCAGAGCAGCCUCAGUGUACUCAGGAGUGUUCACACAGAUCUUUAAAGAGGAGAGAGGACUGUACCAGGACAAGGUGUUCUGCUUCGUCCAUUUGAGUGUUCAGGAGUUUCUGGCUGCUCUUCAUGUACAUGUGAGAUUCAUGAACUCUGGAGUCAAUCUGGUGGCAGAGGGAAAACAAAACUCCCGGUGGUCUAAACUACUUGGAGACAAACCUAAACCAGCAAAUUUCUACCAGAGUGCUGUAGACGAGACCUUAAAGAGUCUAAAUGGACACCUGGACUUGUUCCUGCGCUUCCUCCUUGGUCUUUCACUGCAGACCAAUCAGACUCUCCUACAAGGUCUGAUGACACGCACAGGAAGUAUCUCACAGACCAAUCAGGAAACAGUGAAAUACAUCAAAAAGAAGAUCAGUGAGAAUCUGUCUCCUGAGAGAAGCAUCAAUCUGUUCCACUGUCUGAAUGAACUGAAUGAUGGUUCUCUAGUGGAGGAGAUCCAACAGUACCUGACAUCAGGAAGUCUCUCCACAGAUAAACUGUCUCCUGCUCAGUGGUCAGCUCUGGGCUUUAUCUUACUGUCGUCAGAAAAAGAUCUGGACGUGUUUGAUCUGAGGAAAUACUCUGCUUCAGAGGAGGCUCUUCUGAGGCUGCUGCCAGUGGUCAAAGCCUCCAACAAAGCUCUGUUGAGUGGCUGUAAUCUGUUGGAGAGAAGCUGUGAUGCUCUGUCAUCGGUUCUCAGCUCCGUGUCCUCUAGUCUGAAAGAGCUGGACCUGAGUAACAACGAUCUGCAAGAUUCAGGAGUGAAGCUGCUGUCUUUUGGACUGAAGAGUCCUCACUGUAAACUGGAGACUCUCAGACUGUCAGGCUGCCUGAUCACGGAGGAAGGCUGUACUUCUCUGGCCUCAGCUCUGGGAUCCAACCCCUCCCAUCUGAGAGAGCUGGACUUGAGCUACAAUCAUCCAGGAGACUCAGGAGUGAAGCUGCUGUUGGAUGGACUCAAGGAUCCAGACUGGAGACUGAACACUAUCUGGGUGGAACAUGGUGGAGAGCAGAGGCUGAAACCUGGUGUGAGGAAAUAUGUCUGUGAACUCACAGUGGACACAAACACAGUAAACAGAAACCUCAAACUGUCUGACAACAACAGGAAGGUGACGUAUGUGUCAGAGGAGCAGCCAUAUCCUGAUCAUCCAGAGAGGUUUGACUCCUGGCCUCAGCUGCUGUGUAGAAAUGAUCUGACUGGUCGCUGUUACUGGGAGGUCGAGUGGAGAGGAAGGGUUCUUAUAUCAGUGAGUUACAGAGGAAUCAGCAGGAGAGGAAACGGUGAUGACUGUUUGUUUGGAUGGAAUAAUCAGUCCUGGAGUCUGGGCUGCUCUGAUGAUGGUAGUUACUGUGUCUGGCACAGUAAUAGAAGUACAGUCCUCUCCUCCUUCUCCUCCUCCUCCUCCUCCUCUAACAGAGUAGCAGUGUAUGUGGACUGUCCUUCUGGCACUCUGUCCUUCUACAGAGUCUCUGACUCACUGAUCCACCUCCACACCUUCAACACCACAUUCACUCAACCUCUUUGUCCUGGGUUCAGAUUUUGGUCAUCAGGUUCCUCGGUGUGUCUGUAGGAGGGAAACACAUACACACACAUGCGCGCGCACACACACACACACUCGGGUUUAGAUGUUUUGUCUCUUCUUGGUCAACGUGCUGCAACUGCUCCUGAUGUGCUGGUCGGCACUUGCAUGGCAGCCACCACCAUCGGUGUAUGAAUGUACACCGAUCAGGCAUAACAUUUUGGCCACUGACAGGUGAAGUGAGUAACACUGAUUAUCUCUUCAUCAUGGCACCUGUUAGUGGGUAGGAUAUAUUCAGCAGCAAGUGAACAUAUUGUCCUCCAAAUUGAUGUGUUGAAUGGGCAAGCAUUGCCAAAUUGUGAUGGCUAGACAACUGGGUCAGAGCAUCUCCAGAACUGCAGCUCUUGUGGGUUGUUCCCGGUCUGCAGUGGUGAGCAUCUAUCAAAAAUGGUCCAAGGGAGGAACAGUGGUCAACUGGCAACAGGGUCAUGGGUGACCAAGGCUCACUGAUGCACGUGGGGAGCGAAGGCUGGCCCAUGUGGUCCAAUCCAACAGAUAAGCUACUGUUGCUCAAAUUGUUGGUUCUGAUAGAAAGGUGUCAGAACACACAGUGCAUUGCAGUCUUCUGUGUAACCCUAACCCUGACCCCGUCCACCACUUAAAGUGCAAACAAUGGGCACGUGGACAUCAGAACUGGACCACAGAGCAAUGUUAGUAUGUUACCUGGUCUGAUGAAUCACGGUUUCUUUUACAUCACGUGGAUGGCCGGGUGCGUGUGCGUCGCUUACCUAGGGAACACAUGGCAACAGGUUGCACUAUGGGAAGAAGGAGGCGGAGGCAAUGUAAUGCUUUGGGCAAUGUUCUGCUGGAAAACAUGGGUCCUGCCAUCCAUGUGGAUGUUACUUUGACAUGUACUUAAGCAUUUUUGCAGAACAUGUACACCCUUUCAUGGAAACGGUAUUCCCUGAUGGCUGUGGCCUCUUUCAGCAGGAUAAUGCACCAUUCCACAAAGCAAAAAAGGUUCAGGAAUGGUUUGAAGAGCACAACAACGAGUUUGAGGUGUUGACUUGGCCUCCAAAUUCCCCAGAUCUCAGUCCAAUCUAACAUUAGAGUCCAAUCCAUGGAGGCCCCACCUCACGACUUAGAGGCCUUAAAGGAUCUGUCGCUAACAUCUUGGCGCCAGAUACCACAGCACACGUUCAGUGGUCUAGUGGAAUCCAUGCCUCGAUGGGUCAGGGCUGUUUUGGCAGCAAAUGGGGGUGCAUGAACCACUGUAAGUCACUUUUAACAAAAGAGUCUGCUAAAUGCCCUAAAAUGUAAAUGUAAAAUUGAUAGAGCUGCUGUUAUGUGCAGAUGGACCUCCAUUUCAAAAUCUCCCUGUAGAGUCCAAGAGCCAAAGACGUUCUGUCAACACUUCAUCAUCUCACAUCAUCUGUCAGGAUAAACAUUUGACUUUCUCAUUCACAUGUCUCUUCUGAUUGAAAUAACGUCUUUUCACAUCAGUUUGGGAUCUCAGGUUUAGAGGAUGGAAGCAGAUUUGAUUCACUAUUUAGAAACAGACUACAUCCACACAGAUGAACCAUUUAACCUCUCCAGGGCUGUAAACUGUGUGGUGAGCAACAUUCCUGUUGGAGUGUGUUUCGUCCUGCUCCUCUCCUUUCCUCACCACAAGAGUCUGAAAUGUCUCUUUCUAUCUACUGAUGUAUAAAUAUAUUUAUCUUGUGUUUCAGAUCAUGUAAUCAUGAUUUACAGGAUUCCACUCUGAUGAGUUUUGGUAGUAGCACAGUGAUAACACAAUGAUAUCAUGUCAGUGUGACAUGAGUGUAUCAGAUAGUCACCAGUAUGAUUUGCUAAUGAUUUGACUUCUGUUAUCUUGUAUUAUUGAAUAUGUGCUCCUCUGUUAUAUAAUCCUUAGCUACAGAUAUGAACAUGUUUAUUAGUUAUGUUUUGUUACUCUGUGUUAUGUUAUAAAUUCCUUGACAUCCUGAAUGUUGUGAUCCUCCUUUAUAGUUAGUUCACUUUCUGACUUUUGAAGUGUUUUUGGCUUCAUGCAUCACAACUGUGCAGCCUGUCACUGAACACAAGCAGACAGAAGAACACAUGCUGUGUCUCCUCCGUGGCCUCAGACAGACCUGGUCUUAGCCUGAUCCUGUCAGGCUCAGCACUUUCCCAGAAGUUCACCUCAUCAUCAGCUCAUCCACCACCAAAGAAGGAAAUAACCAUCUUCAUGUGUUCUGUUGGAGAGCUGAUGAAGAGCUCAUUCUUAAAUGAUUGUUGCUUUUACUGAUCGUGGUGAAGUGUUCCCCCUUUUUCAGUUUUGAAUAAUUUUGGAUAUUAUUAUUUAAUUCAUCCUGUCUACAACAGUUUAAUGACUGAAUUUACAAUUAAUUCUUGUCUUAUCAUUUAUCUACUCUAACUGUAUAUAUGUACAUAUGAAUACAUGUUUAUUGGUGCUCAUCCAUCUUCCAUGUCCCUGAAGAGUUCAAUAAAUAUCUUGAAUUAA